AUGCUGCUGCAGGACACGAAGCCCUGUACUCCUGGAGAAAUUGCGUUCUAUGAAUCGAGUGUCCAUCACCACAACUUCCAGGCUUUUAUGCCACAGUGGUAUGGAACUUUAACGUCCGCAGACCAGCAAUCAUCACUUUCGAUAAUUCCCGGUGCACAGAAUCAGGCGCAAGCAGUCCUAUCAUCGUUGGCAACUCCAUCCGCGACUAACGGUCUCUCCAAUCCCCCAAACCAGACAACAUCGCAAGAGCGAACGUGGACCCCAUCUGGAGGGCGCAAGUUGGACACUGGUAUUUCGAUCGUACUGGAGAACAUUGCCGAUGGAUUUAAGCGACCAAAUGUUUUGGAUGUCAAACUUGGUUGCCGUCUAUGGGCAGACGAUGCUCCUCCAGCAAAGCGUGCCAAACUCGAGGCAGUCUCGAAAGAGACAACAAGUUCUACUUUGGGAUUUCGAAUUGCAGGCAUGAAGGUCUGGGUUGGGCACAACGACGACCAAUCAGCAGCGAAAAAUAUUGAAACAGCGGAGUUCACUGACCCAUACAUGACGAAAUAUGAAGGCUCGGAAGCUCCAAAAGGCCAGGUUGUCGAGAAAAAUGGCUACAAGCGGUACGACAAAUGGUACGGACGGGCUUUUACCGCCGAUAAUGUGAAGGAAGGAUUUGAGACCUUUCUGACGGGAGCCAAAGCUGGCAAAAUCGACCGGUCAAGGCUGAUUGCUUCUCGAAUCCUUAACGAACUGCGAGCCGUGAAAUAUGCGCUGGAGUCAGAGGAAAGUAGAAUGUACUCGUCUAGCAUUUUGGUGAUUUACGAGGGCGACCCAGACGCUCUAGAAGAGGCAUUGAAGUACGAAGAAAACCGGAGGCAAUUGGAAGAGACUAAAUCAUCUUCUGACUCUUCAGACGGGGCGGAGAGCUUGGAUAUCGCUAAUGGAUUUGACAUUACUGAACUCGGCACACUCCAACCUGUGGGUAUUGCUUGUGAAGGAAACGGAGAAGAGGCUUGCACUAUUUCUCGGUCAUUGAAUAUUGAAGUAGACCCCGAGUCCCUCGCAAAUAUUGACGAAGACGACAGUUUCGAUGACGAGGAUGAAAUUCCUAUAAAAGUGCAUGAUUUUCGCUUAAUUGACUUUGCGCAUGCAGCCUGGACUCCGGGACAAGGUCCUGACAACAAUGCUUUGAUGGGGAUCAAUAGUUUGAUCACAAUCAUGGAAGAACUUGCAGUGGCGGAAGAGACACCGGAAAGCGCGACAUAA